UGACGUCAUCAAAGGCGGACGUGCGCGAAUGGCUUCGUGUGAUGAAUUUCAAAAAAUCCCUCUGGGUGAAUCUCAGCUGGACUUCCCCGGCCGCCCUUACUCGGUGUCGGUCCUGAAGGUGGGCUACAACCACCCGCAGCCCGACGGAAGCUUUCGAGCCGACGGAACCGUGACGCUCGUCACGGCAGCGGGCGGCAACAACAUCCUGGUGGACACCGGCGGGCCUUGGGACAGGGACUUCCUCGUGGAAAGCCUCCGCAAAAAGGGGCUGGAGCCCCGGGACGUCCGCUUGGUCGUGGGGACUCACGGCCAUUCGGACCACGUCGGGAACCUCGGUCUCUUCCCUUCCGCUGACGUCAUCGUGGGCUUUGACGUCAGCCGAGGGGACGUGUAUCGGCCCAAUAAACUGGCGCAGGGGCACGCGCACGUCGUGGACGAGCACGUGUGCGUGGUUCCCACACCCGGCCACACCGGACAGGACGUGAGCGUCCAGGUGAAGGGAACCUCGGCGGGCACGGUGCUGGUGGCGGGGGACCUCUUCGAAUGUUGCCAGGAUGAGGACACGUGGCGCCACUCGAGCCUCGACGCCGCCGCGCAGGAGACGAGCCGCCGGAAGGCGCUGCGGACCGCCGACGUGGUCGUACCGGGCCACGGCCUCCCGUUUCGGGUCCUUCGAAACUCCUGACGUCGCGGGUCGCUGACUGCAGAAGACGCUUUGCGAUAUGAUAUGUAUUACAAGAGAAAAGACAAGAUCUUUGCUCAUAAUCAUAAAUUGUCAUCAGAAAAUAGUUUGUCCUCAUUUCGACUUUCGCAUGAAAUGAGUAAUUCACAAAAAGGCGCAGCUUGGCCAGAUUUGUGAUUUGCACAAAUGGAAAGGAAACAAAAUGGAAUGUUAUCAGAUAGAAAUGUGUUAUAUAGCAAGGCAAAAAAACGACGUUGCCAGAUAAACAAUCAUUUGGAAAUAGUACGGGAAUUACGUAAAUCAGUUUGUAAUUUUACAAAAAAAGUCAAACUUUUCAUACCGUCCGUCCUUGUCAAAUGCCAAAAGUCAUUUUGUAAUAUUCAGACUUUUUUCCCUUUUAAAACGCUAAAAUUGAUCAAAGUUCUGUUCUUCCAGAGAUAACUUUGUUCCUGUGGCAUUUUAUUGUCACCUUAACUGAUUUUGUCGUUUGGCCAAGUCCCUCCCUACAACAUGGUCGUAUUAAUUAUUACCCUCUGCACCCAUCCAAGCUAUCAGGGUGGCAGUGCCAGGCACCGAGGACAUGCAUCGUUUACGUAAGCGCCACGUGUGCGUGUGUGUCAACUGUUGGCUUUGGACGCCGACACGCACGAACAUCUCCGUAGCGGCGUAAUUCACAGAUAAGCUCAUCAAAUUGCAACGCGCGCCUCUAUCUGGGCAGUUGUUGCACAAUUGCGCAAUGCCAUAAAACUACGCUUAGGUCCAAAAGUAUCGGGACAGGUGGGUUUGCUUUUUGAUGUGGUAUGCUUUGGAUGGUGAGCAGUUUCUCUCGAGAUGUUUUUCACUGACAUCCGUCUUCUCAAACUGUUCGCGUCUCAUAUUGACCUCAACUUGGACAUUUUUUCUCUCCUCAAAUGACCAAUUUUCUACUCUUGCAAAGGAGAAAGACGCAACGCAAACAAAGCAGACUUUUACGGCUCCCGUGGCAACGCUGAAGAUACACACGCCCAUUACAUACGGUCAUAAAGUGUCUAAUCAAGUUUUGUGUGCUUAUCGGCGUCGAUAGGUUCACCUUUUUCCACACCCACCCGCCCACAUGGUACAUAUAUAUAUAUAUAUAUAUAUAUAUAUAGUCAAAUAUGCGAAACGGGAACUCCC